AUGGGUUACAGGUUUCAGGAUCCUGAUGUGCUGUUUCACUUCCCUGAAGACUUUAAUGAUGAGGAGUCUCUGCAGUCCUUGCCUCGCUUCUGCUUCCCUUAUGACAUAGAGAGGGUGAAGGAUACUUUCGCCGUGCAGCACUUCACAUUCGUCCUGACCGAUCUGGAAGGAUGCCAGCGCUUCGGUUUCUGCAGACUCACGUCCAGCUCUCAGACCUGCUUCGCACCGAUGCCAUACCUCAUUGGAAUUCACUCCAGCCUGGCAGAGAGAGUGAGGAGUCGAGCUCUGGAGGACGUGGUCAUACUGAACGUUGACACCAACACCCUGGAGUCGCCCUACGAGGACCUGAAAAAGAUCCCGGCCGACGUGGUGGCGGGACUGAAGGUCAGGCUGAAGAGACAGGCGGCGUCGGCCGGGUCAGGGGUCGCACACGCUUUCCUCCGAGCGCAGGCUCUGCUGUUCGGAGGAUACAGGGAUGCCUUACAGUCGCCUGAUGAAGGGCCGGUGGUCUUCUGCAAUGAGCUGUUUCUCGGUCACAAGUCUCAAAGCAUGCGGGAGUUUCUGGAAAGCGCGGUUCACCUGCAGUGUUUCAAAGAGUUUAUUGAUGGCCGGCUGACAAUGCUGGACCAGGGCAAAGAGCCGGAUGACGUGUUUGAGGAAGAGGUGCUUCAGUGUGGUGCUUCAUCCGGUGGCUCUAAACUGAGACGGCAAUGGGUGGGAAAUUUAAAGAAAGGGGGUGGAGCUCUGAUUGUGACAUGGAAGACUACAGCAAACAAAGCAACCAAAUAUCACAGCAAAUUUGGGCUGAAAAACCUCCUGUCAUCAAAGGUGAGUUUAUGUUCCUUAUAUUGCACAUGCUUCCUCUGCAGUGUUGUGCAAGUUACUUCCAAACUUUUGGCUCCACCUUGUGUUCAACCACAAUACAACAGAUUCACUUUACUUUGUAAAUAUUCUCAGUCUCGACCACGCCGGCCGACACGCAAGCAGGGCACCAGCAGCCACCAGGGCUAUGAACAACAGACAGAGGAUGACAACACCACCUAUGAGGACAGUGUAACAGAAAGUCUCGAGCAGUGCUCUGGCACCAGCGACUUACAGGAAGAUGAUGAUCUCUCUCUCUUGGCCGACCCGGAGGAGAUGGAUCUGCUCGGUGAGAUCUUCGACACGCUGAGUGCUCAGAGCUCCAGAGAGCCGGGUUUACUCUACGGCACACGCAGCCUCGACCUCUUCAGCUCCGACAGCAGUGAAUUCAUCUCACAUAAGAGUCUGACCAACCCAAGUCAGGAGAGUCUAAGUCCCUCUUUUGGAAACAGCGGAAGUCUCAUGAGCUGCGAGGAGGAGCUAGAGGAGGGGCCUGGUGGUGAGGGGGAGGAGCCUGAUGUCCUGAUUGACAGGCCAGAAAAUGAGCUUAACCAAUUAGAGAAGGACUUGACCGAGUUAGGGGAAAAUCUGUGUUCAGAUCUACAAAUUCUAGAGGAUGCUUCUCUGGAUCCCGAAGUGGGUUCUCAGGAGCAACAAAAGGACAGCUGGUCGAAAAAUGAUGGACAAAUGAAUGGAACAAUGGAGGAAAGCUUGGAAACCGAGACAGUAGUUACAGAGAGGACAGAGAUGGAACCUGACAAAGAAGAACUUCAGAAAGAGCAUAAGACGACAAAUGACUUGGGCCCAAACGGACCAACAAAUGAAGGAAUGACCUCCGCUGUUUCUCACAAUGUAAAGAUAGACAAAAGAGAAGAGCUAGAUAAGAAGAGCAUUGAACCUCUAUCACCAAACGUUUUGCCUACCGUUGCUCUGUUCCAGUCCUCGGCUGACUCUUCUGGUUCCCGAGGGUGGGAUAAAUCUCUAAAAACUCCCAUCAGAACCCACAAAAUCAAUGUGGGACCAAUGACGGGCCUGCAGACUGAAGAACAAAGUAUGAAAUCGCCUGUUUCAUCAACACCAGAAGAUCAAACCCAGGCUCCCAUUAAGGUCUCAGAGCUGAAGAAGAGAUUCGAACAUUAGAUCAUCACAAAUCAAGCAUACUGAAGCGAAACUAAAAAAUGACUUUUUUAGAUUGUCAAUUACAAGUCUACACGAAACAACACUUGCGCCCCAUUUUGAUUCUUGUGAGGCAACACUGCUGAGUCAAGUUCGAUAAGCGUUCCAUACUGAACUUUAAGACUGUGGAAGGUUAUUUGUCUCAUGUACCUGCUGGUUAAAACUUAACGCUGACAUCAGUCAAUAAAGUCGAAUCAAAGGCAAUGCAAGUUACUCCAAUUUGGUGAAGGAUUGUUUAUCCCUUUGGAAUAAUGUACACUGAACGUGCAUUAAAGUAAAUCAGGUCAAUUUUAACUUUCAUUGUAGCUAAAUGCAGAAUGUUAUCAAAAUAAACUGAUAAAUGCACCAAUUCUGACCAAUAAAGAAAAUCCAACACUUUUUUUAUCCAAAUAUAUUUAAUCAUUUAUAAAAACCUAAUGAGACUAGUUGCUAACUCAGAGCAAAUAUUGACACAGCCAAAACCAAAAACUCUCGAUGAGAUUUACUCACAGAUGCAUUUUAAUUAAUCAUACAGUCACUUAAUCACGGUUUGAUCAACAAAUAUGUUACAGACAUAAUACAAACCUAAUACAAAACAACAUUUGGCAAAGUGCAGUAUAUAUUUUUCUCUCCACCUUU